UGCAGCUCAGGCACAUACAAGAGCAGCCUCGGCAGCCAAGCCUGCACCUCCUGUCCUGCCGGCACGUCUACAUACGGGACAGGAAGCACACAAGCGAGCGACUGUCAGUGUGCGGCAGGGUACGGGUACUCGACGUCGUCAUCAAGCUGCACGGCCUGUGCCGUAGGAAAGUACAAAUCUUAUACAGGAAAUAGCGUGUGCACCGAUUGCUCUGCUGGCAAGUACUCGACGGUCGGAGCGACCGCCAACUGCACGUGCAAUUUGGGAUACACGCAAUCCGGUUCAACCUGUGCUGCUUGCAGCUCAGGCACAUACAAGAGCAGCCUCGGCAGCCAAGCCUGCACCUCCUGUCCUGCCGGCACGUCUACGUACGUUACAGGAAGCACGCAGGUGAGCGACUGUCAGUGCACCGCGGGAUAUGGAUCCAACGCCGCCUCUUCCUCUGGCUGCUCCCCGUGUGCUGCGGGCAAGUACAAAUCUGAUUUGGGAAACUUUGUCUGCACCGAUUGCUCUGCUGGCAAGUACUCGACGGUCGGAGCGACCGCGUGCUUGACGUGUCGCGCCAACUCCUACAGCGCCGCAGGGAGCUCGCAGUCAGGGUGCGUAUGCAACAGCGGCUACGGAGCGACGACCAUCACUGAGGCCUGUCAAGCAUGCGCAGCUGGGACGUACUCGGACUCGACGAUGAACGAGUGCGUGACGUGUGCAGCUGGGAAAUACUCAGACUCAGCACGAUUUGGGUGCGUCAGCUGUCCUGCUUACUCCUCUUCUUCUGCUGGCAGCUCCUCCGGGUGUACUGGGUGCGUCAUUGGUCACUACAAGCCGCUUGCAGGGUCAUCGCCUUGCACGGCCUGUCCAGCGCACAUGACGACACUCUCUGGCGCGUCUACCUCACAGUCGGAUUGCGUCUGCGACAAGGGAUACACGCUCAACCUCUCUUCCGGUCUGUGUGUCGCUUGUGCUGCUGGGACAUACAAGAGCCAGCUUGGCUCAAGCGCCUGC